AUGUCUGGAAAAAAACCAAUAAGUAUUCUAACAGACCAAGAUGCAGCAAUGGCUAAAGCGUUGCUUUCAGAGUGGCCAGAAACAUGUCACCGUUUGUGCAUUUGGCACAUAUACCAAAAUGCAGCCAAGCAUCUUAGCAAUGCUUUUGAGAAGUUCAAAAAUUUUACCAAAGACUUCGGUAGAUGCAUAUAUGAUUAUGAAGAUGAAGAUGAUUUUAUAAACGCUUGGAAUAACAUGCUUGAAAAAUAUAAUCUCAAGGAUAAUGAUUGGUUGAGGCGAUUGUUUAAUAUAAAGGAGCAAUGGGCAUUAGUUUAUGGGCGACAAACUUUUUGUGCUGAUAUUACUACUACCCAACGCAGUGAAAGCAUGAAUAGUGCUUUAAAGAAGUAUGUUAGUUACAAAUAUGAUUUGCUACGAUUUUUUCAACAUUUUCAGAGGUUAGUUGAAGAUCGUCGUUAUCAAGAGUUGAAAGCUGAAUUUAGAGCAAGUCAAAGUUCACCUGCAUUGUCAUUUCCAGUGGAAAUAUUAAAGCACGCAUCAAAUAUAUAUACACCAGAAGUGUUUAAGUUGUUUCAAGAUGAGUUGUGUAAAGCUCAUGAUUGUGUCUUGAAAUUCAAUGGUGAGAUUGGAAGCAUCAGCAAAUAUGAAGUUAUCCCUCAUAAGAAGUAUUGGCACCACACAGUCACAUUUGACUCAAUAGAUAAUACGGUUUUAUGUAGUUGUAAGAAGUAUGAGUUUGCAGGAAUCUUGUGUGCACAUGCCUUAAAAGUCCUCUCUACCAGAAAUAUUAAAAAUAUUCCCGCUCAAUACAUCUUGAAGAGAUGGACCAAAAAUAUUAAGGCUAAGAGUACAAAAUCUACUUGCAAUGUCUCUAGUGAAAAUGACUCAAAAGUAGAAAUUGUCAGGCGUUACAGAGAAUUAUGUCGGUUGCAUACUCAGUUAGCAACACGAGCAUCAGAGUCGAAAGAUGCAUAUGAAACUGCUAUAUUAGGACUUAACAAUACGUUGAGAGAUGUGGAUGCGUGUUUGAAGAAGAAAGCAAGUCAAGAACCAACUCAGGUGAUCCCAAAAACUACCAGUGCAUCUAAGCUUAAUGAGUAUAUUUGUAUUGACGAUGAUAUCAUUAAAGUUAGAGGAAUCAAAACUAAGACCAAAGUUGUUGGCAAUUCUAAAAGGCCAAAGAAUGCUUUGGAAAAGCUCACAAAGAAGAAAAAGCCUCGAAAUAAAGAAGAAUGUGCUCUAUUGGAACAGGAACCUGAUUCUCACAAUGAGACUAUUCACAUGCCAACCCAAUCUCAAGCAACAAUGGAUAUUUCACAGCAAUACUACAUAAGAACCCACAAUACUUUGAGCAACUAUCAACAAGGUCCAACUAGCAUGAUGAAUUUAUUGCAGGCAGAAUUACCACAAGAAGAAGAAUUAAGCUUACUGAGCUCUGAAGGACUAGACUUGCUGAACUCUGAAUUGACAUGCAGUGCCAAGACACAUGAUAUGUGCGUCCAAGAUGUUGAAUGA